AUGUCUCCAAGUCGUGACGCCUCCUGGCAGCCCACCUCGGAGUCGUCCUUGUGGGGUACGGACAAGGAUGACCUUGAGCAGCUUUUUGUCAAUGCUAUCAGACAAGUGUUGUCCAAGAUGCCCGUUGCGCCUGCCUUCUCAUCCAAAAAAUCCCAGCCUACCACUACAAGCCUACUAACAGACCUUCUGGAGGCCUUUCAGGCCACACCAUCAUCUGCUGCUACUACUGGACACUCAACAUCAGUGUCUGUUGUCGUUGAGAAGGACAAUCAUCUUCAUCUGCCUUGCGAUAGUCAGGGCAUGACACCCCCUAACAGCCCCUGCAUCACCCCUUCGGAGCCUGCCGCAGUUUUCCAGCUGAAAGAGCCCACUGAUCUCCUCAUCCAUGCUGCCGAUGACCCCAGAGCAUAUUCAGUCUCUGCAGAGAAGCUACGACCCACUGCAAGCGACUGCAGGGUCUCAGGAAAUUCAAAAUCGUCAAUGACUCUCAACAAGGAUAUGCAAGAUCAAGAUCUUGGGCUAGCGAAGUGUGGCCAAUUGACGCCGAACACAGUUGAUACCGCUGCGACAGGUGGACAACGACUGGUGGCAGGCGCUCGGGUUUCAAAUGUGGAGGAGAGAAAAGCCCCUAGAGUCUGCGACAUAAAGAAAAGUCAGCCUCAGCUUAAUGCAGAUGAGCUUGAGAAGCUGUUGGCGAACGUUGCCGACACGAGAGGCCAGGCUGACUCUUCUAACACGGCAGAUGCUCUUGGCUUCUAUGAGGCUUGUGAGAUCGGGAUAAAAUGA